UCGUUGUGUAAAACCAAAAACUAAAAAGCACAUAAGUUUUUAAACUCCGUGUUAAAAUUCAGUACAUCGUUAAGUAAGCCGCACUAUCAAAUUUCGAAAGUUGUGAGUAUGCUUUUCUCUAUCCGAAAUGAAUAAUUGAAAUUAUUCAGUUUACGUGAUUAUACACACCGUCAUACAAUGAAGUUCAAUGGAUUGCGUCUUUUAUCUAUGUUGCUAGUCAGUUCUUUGAGUGUCGUUUCGGGACACGAAUGUCUUAAUUUAGAACCUAUGAAAAAUUUCCAAAUGGAAAAGUUUUUAGGACAAUGGUACGUCAUUAAAACGACGAUGCCAAAUACUCGAUGUUUAGUGUAUGAUCUUCAAACGCAGAAAAUCGAAAAUUUGACAGAUUAUGUAGCUAAGUACAGUUCCAGUUGCCUUAUAUUUGGAGUAUUGGAUACCCAUACAACGUUACCAUCGCAAAUGACUUAUUUUAAUCUUUUUUUAGAUUAUUCAACUAAUCCUGAAGAGAAAACGUCUUUUGUUGUGUUCGACACGAACUAUGAAUCCUAUGCGGGUGUAUACGUAUGCUCAAAAACGCCCACUGGCUUCACACAUUAUAUAGCCAUUGUGUCCAGAUCAUCAGUGGACUUUGACAAAGAAAACAUAAAUAAAUUGCUCGUACGUUUACAUGAUGGUCAUAUUUCACCAGCUGAUUUCAGACUCAAUCACGUUGACCACAGGGAAUGUAACUAUGAACAUGUUAAUGAGAACAGUAAUGAUGAAAAUGUCAUUAACGAAGAUGGGAAAGUUUACGUUACUAUCAAAUGGAUAUAUCACGCAAUCCCUUUACCGAAUCCUUAAGCAUGCGUUAAAAUCGAUUAAAUACUAAUAAAUUCUAAAGUUCCAUAGCAUGACAACGUACAGCUAACCCAUUACAAUUAUAAUGUCCAAUGUAAUCUAUUCAAUUUCUUAUCAAAAAACCCUAGAACAUUGUUUAUAAAUACUAUUAAAUUCAGAAUUAGUGAUAGUAACUUAUCUACAAAAAUGUUUAAUUGGAGUUCUUUAGCUUAAUAUAAAUAUAUUUUGGUUAU